GGCGCGCGGAGCGGGGGGUGGCAGGAGUCGGCUGCAGCCGCAGCAAUCUUAGCCUGUCGGCGCUUCCCGAGGGACGCGGGGCCGGAGCUAGCGGGGAGCCCAGCGCUGCCCCUUUCCCCGGGCGCUCCCCAGGCGGGAGCAAGCGGCGCCCUGCUGCCCUGUGCUCUUCCCUUCUGGGAUGUUGGCUGCCGCUGGGGGCACGCCGACCGGCCUCAGCCAGGAGUUCCCUGCGGCGUGCGGGGGAUAGGAAUAGCCGGGGCAGCGUUGGAGAGCAGCAAGAGCGAAGGGAGGGUUUUAUUGCAUGACAGUCCUGGGUCUGAUUGCUUCUUAAACCAAAACAGCGGGACAGCCUCCCCCCCCCCCCCAUCCCUUACUGCUCUACAGUGUAUCCAGCGGGGGAAGGCACUGAAGGACUUGUUGACCCAGCAGGGUCAGCUGCAGCGGGAGUCGGUGUAUUUUUGCUGGCGCCUGUGAGAAUUGAUCAGUGAAGUUACUGCCCUGCUUCCAUCUUGCGUUAUUCUGAGUAUAUCAGACCAGUUCCUAGUGGCUGAGGAGACAACCCAGUCAUUUCCUGCAGCACAAUGAGCAGUCACCCAUCACAUAGUAAUGACACAUAACCUGAUAGAACAAAUAAUGGGGAGGAAACUGGAUCUAUCUGGUUUGACAGAUGAUGAAGCAGAGCAUGUUCUUCAGGUGGUCCAACGAGAUUUCAGCCUUCGCAAGAAAGAAGAGGAGAGGCUGAGUGAAAUGAAGCAGAAACUUGAUGAAGAGGGUAACAAGUGCAGCAUCCUUUCUAAACAGCAGAAGUUUAAUGAGCACUGUUGCAUUCGCUGUUGCUCUCCUUUUACAUUUCUCAUCAAUAGCAAGCGGCAGUGCCAAGACUGCAAAUACAACAUCUGCAAGAACUGUAGCUCCUAUCAGAAGAAGGACAAGGCAUGGCUCUGCAAUGUCUGCCAGCAGGCUAGACUCCUGAGGACCCAGUCCCUGGAAUGGUAUUACAAUAACGUGAAAAGUCGCUUCAAGCGUUUUGGUAGUGCCAAAGUCCUGAAGAAUUUAUACAGAAAACAUAGACUGGAGAGUGGAGCUUGUUCUGAAAUAAUAGAAGGAAGCUUUUUUGAAGGAAGCGUAGAAAAUGAAGGAAGCAUUUGUGGCAGUGACUCUACGUUCUACAGACAGACAGAAGGACAUAGUAUGAUGGACACCCUAGCUGUAGCCUUACGUGUGGCAGAAGAAGCAGUAGAAGAAGCCAUUUCCAAGGCAGAGACAUAUGGAGAAAGCCUGGACAAACAGAACGAGGCUUGUUAUUUACGGGAACAUAAGGAGGAGCUGAUUGAAGAGCUUGCCACUACCAUAGUGCAGAAGAUUAUAAGAAAGCAAAAAAGUAAAGCUGAGCAGGCGGAGGCUGAUUUUGAUUGGCCACAGUCCAGAAGCAGCGGUCUGGCCUCUGUUGCUGUUUCAGAUCAGAGCAUGCUGACUUUUCCAGGCAGUCGCAGGGGAUCCUACACAUUAUGGAGGUCUCAGUCUGCGUUCUCACUGACUAGUGAAGAUACACCAAGCAAAGAUCUGGACCUCGUGUCUUCUAUUCCUGAGAUUCUUUGGAGGCAGCAGAAAGGCCUAGUCAGGAGACAGAGGGAACACAAACUGUCUGCGUUACCUAGCUGGAAAAGCGUGGACAGACUGAAUGAAACAAGUCCACCUCCUGUUUUACAAAGCACUGAUGGGAACUGGGUGGCUUUGCAGAGCAUUACGUUGCCUCACCCUCGAAUGCUUGCCAAACCAAAAAGCCACGUAUUCAAAGCUUUGGAGAAUGAAUCUAGUGUUGUGUCUGCUUAUGACGAGAUGGGCUCCGAUAGCGACGACGGCUACGACUGGAAUGUGGCCUUGAACAAGCUGUGUCGGAGGCCCAAGCAGUUGUCCGAGGAUUCUUAUUAUACCGAUUCCCAGUACAAUACUGAACGGGCUUAUGGCAGUGAUCCAUACCAGCCAGUGACCUCACCUUCAUCUGGGCUAUUCACCAAUACAGAGAUGGUGUACUCUGAUUCUGAAACAUCUUCAAUAAGUUCCUCAAGGGAGGCUAGAGAAUCUAGCAAGCUUCCCUGGCUACAAAGGAGAACUCAGAUUGACAAACCCAGAGUGGAAAAAGCACAUGUACAUGGAGAACUGGAUGUAAAUUUCAAUCCACAGGCUGACUGUUUAGAGUAUUCAGAUAGCAGUGAGACCGAGGAAGUCCAUUAUGAUUUAGAAAAGAGGUCUAGAAGGUGGAGAAAGAGCAAAAUUGUCUCCGAAGAAUUACGUGAAGGAAAAAAUCACACAAAAAUCCACAAGAAGAAUUUGAGCACAAAUCAGGUUUCUGAGGAUGUAUCGGAAGCUGAUAUAAGUAGUGAGGAUCAACACCAUAACAUCAAGACAGACCUUGUUGAGGAAAAGCGUAAAUCUGAGUUAUUUGAACUAGCUGCUAAAAUGAGUGACAAGGAAACCUCUUCUGGUGAAGAGCAGGAGUCAGUGCCUAGAACAGAAUCGGGGACCCAGAAGGAAAGUUUGUCCUCAGAAGAAAAUGGCAAAAACAUUCAGGAGGAGUUGAAAAAGAAGUACUCUGCUGUCUCUCUCUGCAACAUAUCUACAGAGGUCCUAAAAGUCAUCAAUGCCACAGAGGAACUGAUAGCAGAAUCCACCGGUCCCUGUGAUUUCCCAACAGAUACUCAUGACAGAGGGAGAGGGGCAUUUCCACUAGGUACAGACCCUGUCAGACUCGAUGAGCAGCUCAGCACCUUGGAAGAAAAUGUGUACCUGACAGCAGGCACUGUGUAUGGGUUAGAGGGUCAGCUGAAUGAAUUAGAGGCUGCAGCACGCAAAAUCAACAGUGUUACAGCGGAAUCGGAACUAGCUGAGCUGGAGGAUCAGGUAGCCACAGCAGCAGCACAAGUUCAUCAUGCAGAGCUUCAGAUUUCAGAUAUCGAGAGCAGAAUUUCAGCUCUCAGUGUUGCAGGCUUGAACGUGGCUCCAUGUGUUCACCUGACAAGAAAAAGGGAUCAAAAGCAAAUGAAUCAGAUGCAAACAAUAGACACAUCAAGACAGCAGAGGAGAAAGCUUCCAGCUCCACCAGUAAAAGGUGAAAAUAUUGAUGCUUCUACAGUUACUACUGUUAGAACAUUUAACAGAAACUUUAUGCUCCAAGGAUCUCUAACACAAAGAACUAAAGAGAGAAAAAGCACUGCCAAGGACUUGAUGGAACCAACUAUAGGAUCUGCUGUAAUGUACUAGACUUACAAAACUACUGCCAAUAACACACUGCCUAAGGCUGUACACUAUAGUGCCUUUAUUUAACAGCCAUUGUAUAUGUCCAAUAAAAAACGGACCCUCGAGAACCCACCAUGCCUCAGUAAUAGGGCUUUGUUUGGAUACCUCAUUGAGAAAGCUGUCCAGCAUUGUGGUCUGCUAAUGGAAACUCUGCCUUAAAGUUCUCAUGAGACUCCAGAAAGGAUACUGAGUUUCAUAAGCAAGGCUCCAUGUUUUAAGAUGCACUUUUCCCCCCCAUUGAUUGUACUAAAGUAUAUUGUCUUUAAAAUA